CUUAAGUCAGCUCGGAAUUCCAUCUCCGGCCUGACAUUUGAUAUUCACUUUCUCCUUGAAGAUGGCAGACUCCUCAUGGGUUUCUGCGGCUUCCAAAGCCAUAUCAGAUUCGAGCUGCGAUAAAGUCUGGGAUGGUAUAGAUUUCAGCUCAUGCUUCCGUGAAAAGUAUCUGCAAAACGUUCCAUAUCUCCUUAUAGCGGCUUCCGCCCUCUACCUUCUCUCCACCUACCCAUCUCGCUGGGCCCGUAGAUCCCAGGAUCCCUUAUCGACCUCAACUCUCGUCUCUUCUUCUUACCCCUCAGACCUCGCCAACCUCGAAUCUAGCGUUAUCCUCGAUUCCCUCGCUACCAACCUCCUCCCCCCAUGGUCUGCAUCUACCCCAUCGAAACCCGCAGAGAAACUUCCCGAGGGCGAGGCUGAGCGGGUAAUUAUGGAUUUUGUCAAGCAUAAAAGGAGGGACGUGACGAGGCUACAAGAUUUAAGGUUUUGGAUUGGUCUUUUGGGUGCUGUGACUUGGUUUGAAGUCGAGCUAGCGAGGGCGGUGGUGCAAGGAAGCUGGAAGGACGUCAUAUUUCCCGCCUGGUUAUCGCUCAUCUCCAUCAUCCCCCACUCUCACAUCACGCCUCUCUUGUCAUUACAUUCUAUGACAUCGCUUAUCUUUUUUCGGACCUUGAUUAUCCACCCGAACCCUUCGAAAUUGCACAUCGCGUGUUUUGCCGUGGAGAUGGUAUACUGCAUCGCGAUGCUGGGGUUGCCAUACCACGAGGGUCUGGAUAGGUUGUUGGAAGGUGCGAAGAGUAAAGGAGGAGGUAGUUUGGGAAGCUUUGGAAGCAAGCUGCCUAAGCAUUAUGAAGAGCCUGCUUCGGCAUGGUCUCGAGGAACAUUCAAUUUUUUGCUUCCCCUGCUUUUUAAGCACUACCUUACUCCCAUUACGUUGGAGAACAUUCCCGCUAUCCGUGAAGACGAUUCAUCAGCUGCUUCCCUCGGUGCUUUCCGAGCUUUCAGUGCUAAACGGGACGCUACUUACGCCAAAAAACAUAGCGGGGCCAAGAGGAGAAGGAAUCUGGGUCUUGAACUGGCUGUGUUCUUUGCUCCUGAACUCGGUUGGCAAGUUCUCUGGGCGUCAAUCUUCAUCUUCUUCCAAUAUCUCCCUCCAAAUGGUCUUCGAUUACUCCUGCAAUACGUCAAACAGCGAGAGACUAACCCCCAGCCGACACACGUAGCCGUCCUCUACGUGGCUAUGAUGGUUAUUGGACAAUGUAUGUCCGCAAUCACCCUCGCCCAGGCAUUAUACCUCGGUAGACGAUUGUGUAUUAGAAUUCGAGCAAUUAUCAUUGCUGAAGUAUUUGCGAAAGCUCUUCGAAGGAGAGAUGUCUCCGGCGACGUGAAAAAAUCAACAUCUAACAAAUCCUCCGCUGCUGCUGCUGGUAAAAAAGGGAACAACCAAGCUCAAGACGGCGCUGAAGGUGAAGCUACGGCGGGCGAAGGAAAAAUCGCGAACCUCGUCUCUGUCGAUGCGUUUACUAUCUCCGAGAUCUGCGCUUACUCGUAUUACACCGUCUCCUGCCCUCUCGCCAUCGUCGUCAAUAGUGUGCUUCUUUACCAAACCCUCGGCACCGCUGCUUUCGCGGGUAUCGCCGUCUUGGUGGCCCUCAUGCCUGCUCAGUAUGGGAUGAGCAAGCUCUACAUGAGCCGCCAGAAAAAGUUUAUGACAGCUACCGACGCAAGGCUCGAAGGUAUCACCGAAGUCAUUGCCCACAUUAAACUCAUCAAAUUCAACGCUUGGGAGGGCAAGUUCUUUGACCGGAUGAUGAUUACUCGUGAAAAGGAGUUGCGCAUGCUCGCUCGCCGAUUCGCGACUACAGUCCUAUUCCAGCUACUCGUAUGGAGUACACCGGUGAUAGUCACUGGUAUAGCUUUUGCUGUGCAUAGCUUGUGGUUGAAGCAGCCUCUCACGGCUGACAAGGCGUUUGCAUCGUUGAUUCUGUUCAACAUGCUGAAAGACCCUCUUGCCCUCGCUCAAGACACUGUGACAAGGUUGAUCCAAGCGUCAACCUCUUGUAAUCGUAUCCAAAAAUAUCUUGAGGAACCUGACACUCUCAAGUACCAACAGCUCUCCACUCCUGGGUCCAAUGACCCUCAAAUCGGGUUCAGAGACGCUGUCCUCGGUUAUUUGACUCCGGAAGAGGCUACCAAACUCGAAUCCGAUCAAUCUGAACCUUUUACUCUUCGCGAAUUAAACGUGUCCUUCCCCGUCGGUAAGCUGAGUGUGGUCUGCGGCCCAGUGGGCUCAGGAAAGACGACCCUCAUUCUCGGUUUGCUCGGUGAGACACUGCUUCUCAAGGGACAGGUGUUCAUGCCGGACGAUCAUGCCAAUAGGGACGGAUGUCCUAUCGAUCCUGCCACCGGACUUGCCGAUACCGUAGCAUUCUGCGCCCAAACACCUUGGUUAGUCGGUGCUAGUAUUAAGGAAAACAUUGUUUUUGGUUCCAAUUGGGAUAAAAAGAGGUAUGACCAUGUAGUCAAAGCUUGUGCUCUCCAGCGAGACUUCGAGAUCUUUGAGCUUGGCGAUGAGACAGAAGUGGGAGAAAAGGGUACUACCUGUUCUGGCGGCCAAAAGGCGCGUAUCUCCCUUGCUCGUGCUUUCUACUCGUCCGCAAAGACCAUCAUCCUCGACGACGUUCUCUCAGCAGUGGAUGCCCACACGGCUCGACACCUGUACGAGCAAAUUCUUCAGGGACCGCUUACCCAGGGUAGGACAGUGAUUCUCGUGACUCACCAGGUGAAUUUGGUUAGUCCAGCAGCGGAAAUGGUCGUCAUGCUCGAUAAUGGGAUUGUUACCGCUUCCGGCUCUCCUUCAGAGUUGACAGCUUCAGGUGCAUUGGAAUUGUCGGAAGAUGAUAGUGACAAGGCGAGCGCUAGCGCAAGCACCGCUGCGUCUACUACAUUGGGGGCCGGAAGCGGUUCACCCGUCGAACGUGAUACCGAUGACCCAUAUAUUGAAGACCAACUCGACUCCCCGGCUGAAGAAGAACUCGUUGAACAGCAAAAACAAGUGGACGCAGACCGUGCUGCUCAGACAGACAAAACCACCCGUCUCGGCAAACAGCUUGUAGCCGCCGAAACUUCAUCUCAGGGUACUGUGCAAGCUGCAACAUAUAUGCUCUACUUCAAAGCUUUGGGAGGUAUCACUAUCUGGAUUAUCGUGAUUAUUGUGUUUUUUGGUUCCCAAAUGCUUCAGGUCGCGAACAAUGCUUGGAUCAAGGAAUGGGCCAAUGCUGAUGACAGGGCGGCUUCUGGUUCGCUCUUGGGCAAAGCAGCAUUCACUGUCUAUCAGUUCGUGAUUGACACCAGGAAGUAUGUUCAAGCAGAGAUGGAACGAAAGCAUUCGACAGCGUAUUAUCUGGCAAUAUAUUGGGCCAUCUCCGCUUUCUACUUAAUUGCUGUUGUCGGUAGGGUUGGUAUUUCUUUUAUCGGAGCAUUGAGGGCCAGUCGUCACAUGUAUGAUCGUCUGUUGCAGCGGAUCUUGGGCGCGAGGAUGAGGUUCUUUGAUUCUACACCUUCGGGUCGAAUUCUGAACCGGUUGAGUAAAGACAUGUCUUCUAUCGACCAGGAAACCGGUGAAAUCUGUAUGUACUUUGCCAACUCAUGUCUCUCGGCUGCAACCGUCUUGGUUGUCGUGACUGUAUCAACUCCUGCCUUUCUCGGUGCUUUGGUCCUUAUUUGUUUCUUGUACUGGGUUAUUGGGUCACUCUACGUGGCCACUAACCGAGAAAUCAAGCGCAUUGACAGUGUCACCAGGUCUCCCAUCUUUAUCAGCUUCACUGAGGUCCUUGUCGGUAUGUCAACGAUUCGCUCUUAUGGCGAUAGCGCCCGCUUCAUGCGCAAGCUAUUCCAUGAACUUGACCAAAACACACGUUGCUUCUGGUACCUAUGGCAGGUCAAUCGAAUUCUUAACAACUACUCGAACUUCGUUGGCGCUUUGGUCACUGUCUUUGCUGCGCUUUUUGCUCUCAAGAACAAGUCGAUGGAUGCUGGUGCAGUAGGAUUGUCUGUCAGUUAUGCUUUGUCUUUCACUGAAUACGUUUUGUGGGUCGUCAGGCUAUACGCUGCUGUUGAAAUGUCCAUGAACAGUGUUGAGCGUGUAGGUGAAUACCUUGAACUUGAAGUCGAAGAAGAGAGUCAUGAAAAAGGGAAGGAACCUCCUGCCUACUGGCCGACUAGCGAUGGAUCGAUCGUUGUUGAAAAUCUGACCUGUCGAUAUGCUCCUCAGCUCGAGCCUGUCCUCAAAGACAUCUCAUUCGUUAUUGGGCCCAAAGAGAAGAUAGGUGUAUGUGGUAGAACCGGUAGUGGAAAGAGUACUCUUGCUCUUUCAUUCUUCAGGUUCUUGUUCCAAGAAUCUGGUAAAAUCACAAUUGAUGGCGAAGAUAUCUCAAAACUGAGCCUCAAUGCGCUCAGGUCAAGGCUUACCAUCCUUCCUCAAGAGGCCCAGCUCUUCUCCGGAACUGUACGUGACAACCUCGAUCCAUUUGAUCAGCAUGAAGACGCCGAUAUCUGGGAUGCCCUUGCUCAAUGCGGUCUUGUUGGCAAAUCUCGACUCUCAAGCCGCGCUACAAGUCGAGCUCAAUCCAGGACUGACCUGAGUGCUUUGAGCUCCUCUACUACUAAAGAGCCUAAUGCCCCUCUUGUCAAGAGCGUUCUGAAGAAAAGCUUAAAAAAUGCCGAGGAAGGUGAUGAAGAGGGGGAACGGGUUGUCAUCAGAAGUUUAGAAGAGAAAGUCGCCGUAGGUGGGAAGAAUUUCAGUCAAGGACAAAGGCAACUUCUUGCUCUUGCUCGGGGUCUCCUCAAGCUCCGCAAUUCCAGCUUUCUCAUUAUGGAUGAAAGCACAGCCAACCUCGACCACGCCACGGAUGCCACAAUCCAGAAUGUGUUGCGUACAGGUUUGGCUGAUACUCAGAUGUUGGUCAUCGCCCAUCGCCUGAUGACUGUCGCUGGUCUUGACAAGAUCUUGGUGCUUGAUCACGGAAAGGUAAUGGAGUAUGGUACACCUUGGGAAUUGAUGCAGAAUGAAGGAGGCAUCUUUAGGGAACUGUGCAAGCAAAGCGGAGAAGAGACUCAGUUAUGGGAAGUGGCCAAGAUCGUCUACGAAACCAAGCAAAACGCUUCAUCUAGGUCCUAGAACAAUAGGGAAGUCAAUGUGAAUCACGUGAAUCUUGUAGCAGCUAAAAAAGUAGCACAUAAUUUCAAUUCUGUUCAUAAAGAACAAGCAUUUCUUGGUAGAUCUUGAUGCAUAUCUAUGAGAUGGA